AUGCACCAAGACAGAAGAAGCGAUUAUCCCCAGUUCGAAAAUGUCAUUUAUCUCGACAGUGCUGGAACACCGGUAAGAAAGCAUGAUUUCUCAAUGGAUAUCUUAUCCAGGCGUCCGAGCCACCAUCCUGACUACUUGUUAGNNCCGUAUGCCCAAGACUUGAUCGACCGCGUGCAUGAAGACCUCAGGCACAGACGAUACGCAAACCCACACUCUAACUCCGGACCGGCUCAAGCUAUCGCAAACGAUAUCCAGUCAGUCCGGAAGCAAGUACUGAAGUUUNUUGGUGCCAGCAAGAAGGAUUGGGAUGUUAUUUUCGUGGCCAAUGCCACAGCGGCCAUAAAGCUCACCGCUGACUGCUUCCGCGAUUACGCAGAAGCAAAUGGGAAGGAAUUUUGGUAUGGCUAUCACCGCGACUCUCACACCAGUCUAGUGGGAGCACGAGAGCUGGCCAAAGCCCAUCGAUGUUUCAUUCAGGAUGGUGAUGUUGACGAGUGGAUUCUGAAACCCACUAGGGCUGGUCACCAGUCAAAGCUGGUCAAUCUCUUGGCCUAUCCAGGCCAGUCUAACAUGACAGGCAGACGACUACCCAAUCACUGGCCAGGACUCAUCAGAAGAAACACAGACAACGAGUCCGAGACGUACACCCUCCUGGACGCGGCCGCCUUGGCUGGCACAAGCCCUCUCGAUCUAAGCAAUACUUCCACGUCGCCAGAUCUUGUCGCAGUCAGUUUCUACAAGAUUUUUGGGUAUCCCCAGUUGGGCGCCCUCAUUGUGCAGAGGCAGUCGGCCAAGCUACGAGAGGUCCUGCUAAGCAGGAGAUACUUCGGCGGAGGUACUGUCGAUAUGGUAACCACAAUCGGAGGGAGCUGGCAUGUGAAGAAGAAUGGCUCUCUCCACGAGGCCCUCGAAGAUGGAACCCCCUUACGAAUUCGAUCAUCGCAACCAAGAUCGCUAUUGACUGUCACCACGAAAAACUUCAGCACUAGCCAGGCUCAAGGACCAGUCAUUGCUUUCAACGUCCUCGGGGCUGACGGAAGCUUGUUUCCCUACAACGAAGUCGAGAAACUCGCCAACGAGAGAAACAUAUGUCUGCGGACGGGCAGUCUUUGCAACCCUGGAGGGCUCGCUGGAGAACUUGGUUGGACGCCGGAAGAAUUGCAGCAGGCUUAUGCAGCUGGUCACCGCUGUAGCAAACCAGAGUCUGUAGUCUUCGGCAAAGCGACUGGCGUGAUAAGAGUCAGCUUGGGGAUGCACAAUACCGAAUGCGAUGUGAAGCGGUUCAUUUUAUUCAUUUUGUUCAUCAGAGACACUCCCAUACCAAAGCUUCUGCAAGAAGUACCACAACGGGUGCGCAAGCAAAAGCUCUGGUAUGAAGGUCUCAUCAGCGUUCCAUAG